AUGAAAAAAAAAAAUUUUCAGAAACAAAUUCAUCAAAAUUCGCAGAACCCCACAUACAACACAAACUGCAGACUUGAAGAAGCAGCAUUACAAACGUUCGUAGAACCUGCCACAACACAAUUUGCAGAACUAGCUACAGCAACGUUUGUAGAACCGGUUACAGCAAAAUGUGUAGAAGCAGCUACAGCAAAUUUUGUAAUGCCAACUUCCACAAAAUUAAGAAACCUAACGGUGCAAGUAGUAGACAUACUAAAAUAUCCAGAAACUGUCAAAACACAAUUUGCAGGGUUAUCUUCACCGCAAUUCGCAAAAUUAGCCGUAGAAAAGACGGACAUACAAAAAUUUGCAGAAACAGAUUCAGCACAAUUUGCAGAACCAGAUACAACACAAACUGCAGACCUAGCUACAGAUAAACUUGAAGAAACAGCCCUAAAAAAAAUCUGCUGA